AUGGCAGGAUUGCUUCAUGCCUUUCCGCCUCGGGAGGACGACCGGAUCACCCUGGAGAUGACUCUUCAGACCACAGUCACAACGUAUGUUGCCGGGGUUAUAUCGUCUUGGACUCCGUCGUCCUCUAGUAGCAGCGCCAACCAAGUCAUCAGCUCCAUCUACAAUCGCAUGCUUCAAUCAGAGCCACAAGCUGUGGCUGGUCGCUGGCGUACUCUGACCCGCAAAUAUGCCACGUCUAGCUCGACGGCGGCCAAGGACCAGGAGACAUGGCACGUGCAAUGUCUGAUGGAGGAUGCAACAACAAUUUUGACAGCCUCUCGAGUGACGUCUUGGGACGAGAGCGACCUACGGGGAAACUUCGAGAUCAUUGUGAAGGCCGCCAUGCAAUUGCGUAGGAUGGUAGGAGAAGACGUGGCUGGGAGCGAGUACGAGGUGUUCGUAGAGGAACAGAAGAAGCCCUUCCGACCAGAAGUGAUGGUCGACGAACACGCACCUCGGCGGAAGCGUCAAGACAGAGUCGGAAGGCCCGUCAUAUGUGCGUUGACACUAGGGCUUCGUCGCACGGAGAGAGACAACCGCAGCGGAUCGAGAGGACGCCUUGAAGUCAAAACGCUCGUCAAGCCGCAGGUGAUCCUAGACACGAUUGUUGAUGACCUGGGUUUGGUCGAUGAUACAGAGUGA